AUGGCGCUAUAUGGGACUUCUGACGCCUUGAUGUGCAAGACAUUCCCAACAACCCUACGGGGGCCAGCCCGCGUGUGGUACAGCGACCUGAAGGUCGGGACCAUCGCCUCCUUCGACCAACUUGCCAGAAGUUUCGAGCUCACCUUCCUGGCUUACGCUCGACCAAAGCCGUCUAUGGCGUUGCUCCUCGGACUCAACCAAAGGGAGGACGAGCCCCUCUCUCAUUUCGUGAACCGCUUUACGACACAAAUUCGGGGACUGUCCGACGCUCACCCCUCUCUGUUGAUACAGGCAUUCAUGGUAGGCCUGCGGCCUUCCAGGUUCUUUUGGUCUCUUGUGGAGCGACCCCCCACCGCGGUGCCCGAAAUGCUUCAGCAUGCAAGCCAAUUUAUCGCCGUCGAGACAUGGAUGGCCGGGAGGCGGGAGGAGCACAAAAAGGUUAUGUCGGAGCCGCCCCAGCAGCAACAACCCGCCGCGUCCCGGCAUAAGAUGGACAGACCCGACCCAAGGCCUCCUCUCCCUGCCUUGAACUCGUCCCGAACAGAAAUAUUACUCCACAUAAGGGAGAAGGGACUACUCAAAGAUCCUCACCCGAUGAGGAGCCCGCAAGAGCUUGCAGACCGAUCAAAAUAUUGCCGCUUCUAUCGGCAGCAUGGGCAUGACACCGAACAGUGUCGUGAAUUGAAAAAGCAGAUCGAGGAACUCAUUCGUAGAGGGCAUCUUGGCUAG